AUGACCCGCGCUGGUAAAGGUACCUGCGGUGGUGGUGACGGUGGCGGCGGCGGCAGUGGUGCCAGCGGCGGCGGCAGGGGCGGCAGCGACAGCAGAGAUAAGAGUGACAACGGAGGCGGUGGCGGCGACGUCGUUAGUCAAUUCCGUGAUGACAGCAGUGUUAGUGACACAAAAACAUCAACUAGAAAAGGAAGUCCAUCCGCAUCAGCAUAUUUUAAAAUGAUUAACGACCUUAACGAAUGUGUUCGAGUCAAGUACCAGAAUGAAAAUGAUAAUAUUCUGCGUGACAGUGCAUAUGACAUUCAUCUUACAGAGAACAUUCACACACGGACCAUCCCGAGUUCCUCAGAGAUAGAGAGACUGAUGACAUCACCAGGUGUUACUGACGACACCAAACACCAGGUUAGUGUGGUUCUUUACGUCGAGAGUCACUAA